UUGAUCGAGCUUGACGAAGUUUCAGUUGAUACGAUAAUAAUGGAUUGGCAAAAGUAAUCAGCUCAUUUAUCAUUGAACAAUGUCCUCCCUUAUAUAUCGACUGAUUGCAGCGACGUGCUUCAAUGCAAUUUUCGCUGAUGGAUAUGAUCUCCGUCUUUUUCCUCGUGUGGAUUCUCAAUUCAGUUGACGCCUUCAAUGAUUUUCCGUCGCUAGUAUCCAACAAUGCCUCGAUGGCAAUCAUUAUUGAGAAAAGUUUCUUCGACAAUAAAGCUGAAUAUCGUAGCGUUGUAAGUAAUAUUUACAAUUUCAUCUCAAACAUCACGUCUGAUAUUGAAGUGCAUGUCUUUCAUGACACGAAGAUAGACAGUUUUCAAGAUUAUACAGUGCUUCUAUCCGUGACAACUUGUGAUCAAACGUGGAAUCUGUACAAUGCAGUGCGUAAAGAUGAAAUCAUACAUUUAGCGAUAACAGAGCAAGAUUGUCCACGAUUACCCGAAGGUGUGAGCAUUCCUUUGAUAUUGCCAGGCAAAGAAUUAUCUCAGAUUUUCUUCGAUAUCAGAAUGGCCGAUGCUUUGCUUUGGAACAACGUUAAUAUAUUGCACGACGAUACUUUUGAUAGAGACACAAUCAACCGAGUCACAAAAGCUAUAUCGAUUGCAUUGCCAAACAAGAAAUUUAAUCUGGUCUCUAGAUCGCUAUUUGUGUUUAAGCACGCCGAUUCUGAGCGUAAUAAGAGAUAUUACAUAAAAGAAAUGCUUGAAAGUUUUCACGUGGACCAAUUGGGAAAAUGCUUUCUCGUAAUCGUCACGAUAGAUACAGUGGCCGACGUUAUGGAAGCUGCAAAGAUGUUAAAUAUGGUUCAACCUGACAGUCAAUGGUUAUAUGUCAUUACUGAUAUCGUAAAAAAUAACUCUACAAACAUUACUAGUUUGAUCGACCUAUUGUCAGAAGGUAGUAACGUGGCUUUCAUUUAUAACGCUACGGACAACAACACAUAUUGCAAUAACAAUUUAAUAUGUCAUAUCCAAGAGUUAACUAUGGCUUUGAAUAAUGCUUUAAAAAUAUCAUUGAUGACUGAAAUAGAAUUAUAUAACCAUGUGAGCAAUGAAGAAUUCGAAAUCGUCCGAUUAAACAAACGCGAAAGACGUCGGGAGAUUCUUAAAUUUAUCAGGACAAAACUUGCUCAAGAUAAUUUCGCCACGGGCGGCAUUUGCGGUAAAUGUCUGUUUUGGCGUUUUGCUUCAGCUAUAACAUGGGGUAACUUUUUCAUUCGUGACAAGAGCACCGCGCAUUUGAUAGAUUCAGGAUCGUGGAUUCCCACUCUUGGUAUGAAUCUGACAGACGUCAUCUUUCCGCAUGUCGUGCAUGGAUUUCGAGGAAUCAAUUUACCGAUCGCUACAUAUCACAAUCCACCGUGGCAAAUUAUCUCAAUGACCAACUCUGGUGAGAAGGAAUACGGUGGAUUGCUUUUUGAUGUCGUCAAAUAUUUGGGAAACAAAUUGAACUUUACGUAUUCCGUGCUCAGUCCAGUAAGCAAUCGAACCAUCAAGUUUACUCAAAAUGAGACUCAAGCCGAUAUGGUAUUAACGUCAACGACGAGAGAAAUGCCACCAGAAAUAAUAGAUAUGGUCACCGAAAAGAGAGUUCUCUUUGCAGCCUGCGCUUAUACCGUAAACAAUCGCGGAAGGGGAGAGAUUAAUUUCACCAUACCGAUUUUUAUACAGACAUAUAGUUUCCUGACCGCAAAGCCAGGUCAACUCUCUAGAGCAUUGCUGUUCACCGCACCCUUUGCUAAAGAGACAUGGGCGUGCCUGGCAUCAUCCAUUAUCAUAAUGGGCCCGAGCUUGUAUCUGAUUCACAAGUACGGUCCAACCAGUACAAAAACAUCGGGUCUCAACUCCUCCUGGCAAUGUAUAUGGUAUGUUUACGGUGCUCUUCUUCAGCAAGGCGGAAUGUAUCUACCUUAUUCCGAUAGUGCUCGUUUGCUAAUCGGCAUCUGGUGGUUGAUUGUGAUGGUCGUGGUAGCGACUUAUUCCGGAAGUUUGGUCGCAUUUCUGACAUUCCCAAAUAUGGAUAGCUCCAUCCUGACCAUAGACGCUCUCCUCGCUAAUAAAAACAGAUUAACCUGGGGCUUUCCUAAUGGCAGUUAUUUAGAGGAGUAUCUGAAAAAUGCAGAAGAAGAAAAGUAUCAUAUUAUGCUGAAACGAGCUAAAAUUUAUAAUGCGACACAAGAAGCUGAAGUUAUCGAAAAAGUAAAGGCAGGAAAAUACGCUUUAAUCGACUGGAAAAGCACAUUAAGAUUCUUAAUGAGAACCGAUAUGUUAACAACUGGAAGAUGCUCUUUUUCCUUAAGCACUGACGAAUUUAUGGAUGAACCUAUAGCCAUGAUUAUUAAUCAAGACAAUCCUUACAUAAAAAUCAUCAACGCAGAAUUACAUCGCAUGCACGAGUCUGGAUUGAUGAACAAAUGGGUAACGGAACAAAUACCGAUGAAAGACAAAUGCUCGGAUAUUCUCGCCAAUCAAGCAGUAAACGAACGGAAAGUAAACGUGGCGGAUAUGCAAGGAAUAUUUUUCGUGCUUUUUAUGGGUGUGGCUGGAUCAAUAUUUCUCCUGUGCUGCGAAUUUUAUUGGCACAAACGCCAAGUGGCGAAACGACGUAAAUUGAUUCAACCUUUUCUCUCCUGAAUUUGAUCCGGCGUUAGAAUUAAAUUAUAAACGCUCCAUCUCCUUCUCUCCAAACAGUUUUGCGUCCUUAAAAUCUUCGUAAUGUAAUUAAAUAAUAAUAAUUAUCCUAGAAUUAAAAUU